AUGGCUUACGGACAAGUUGAACAAGGUAUUUCACCUUUGAUAUCGCUCUUGCGAAUCAUCUUUUCACAGGCCGAUUUAAUAAUCUCAUUAGCCGGACCGACGGAAGCUGAAAGGGAUCGUAAAAUAACAUUUUAUGAUGAAAUCGUUCCAAUAUCGAUACGACUGCGUAUUCCCGCAUCAAAUCGUACACUACCCGCACCAUCAGAUGACUCUCUGCCAAACUUUAACAUACCUUUGACGGUACCCGAUGCAAAUGAUGACGAAUACGAUGAAGGAGAAGAAUAUGGACAGAGAAGUCAAAAGCCUCCCUUGCUUCUAGCCCUUCUUCUGUCUUUCUUGCGAGUCAAUGUAGAAGCAGCUUAUGUCCCGCCUAGACUGCAAAGAAGUGCAACAAACAUAUUCUCACAUGCCGAAACGGAAUCAUCGUCAAGCACGCAAUUAAUCGCAUCAGUUGCGGAAGAUGAUACAGCAUAUCAAUCUGUCAGACUUCAGGGGCUCGAUGCAAAUAUGGAGGCAACUCGAAUGUUCUCUUCGACGUGGAUGGGAAAUGCUAUCCCACCAAAGUCAAACAUCAAAAAGCCUUCUUCGGGAAAAGGUAAAGAGGCAUUCGCCGCGCAAGCUGAACGGGGAAGAGGAGCAAAUGUUACGUUCACACGACAAGGGGAUGAGGAAUAUUGGACAGUAGAAUGGCAAUGUCAAAUGCCUGUCAUCUUCUUACGUUCUCGUCAUCCUAAUCCUGCAAUUGUGGUCAAUUCAGAAGUAGUAUUGCAGCUGCAAGCAUCAAAAUUGAGCUCUUUGGCGCCAUCAUUAGUACCCGUUGCUCGAACUACGGCACCAGAGGCACUCUUCCUUCAUGACCUUCUCAGUCCGCUUUCUGAAGGUCCAUCAUAUCCCGAUGAGUCACACACCGAGCGAGCAGCAAGAGCUGAUGCCAGUCUGGCAAAGCUGCCGCUAGGUAAACUUCCAAGUUCUGUACUUGGUAGCAAAUUAGUCACGCCUGCUCGAGGAGCAAAAGAUGUUGGUAAAUUGAUUGAGGAAAAGCUGCAACUAGCAAAUGGCGAUAUGGGCGAUGCAGAGGAAUACAACAGCCUCAAACAGGGUAGGAGAGAUUUGACAGAUGAAGGCCUGAUGAAUAUAGGCGAAAACGAUGGAAUAAAUGAAGACCCCGGUUUAGGCGAAGAUUUGAUGGUGGUAAAGCGAAGCGCAAGAAAGGCAUUAGACGUACGAAGUGCGGUACAGGUGCGAAUGCGGACAACAAACAUCGCAGGAGUAGGCGAAGGUUUUGGCCAGAAUACUUCAAGCGAUGGCGACAAUGGUAUUUUACCCACCCUUGUACUUUGCGUAGAAAUCGAGAAUCCAGCAAAUAGCGGUAUCAGGUUCCGGAUGGACGAUAUAAGCGUUCAGGCUACCUUACCCAGUGAAGUACAAAGCGGUGGAAAUCUGCAUCCUUCCGCAAGGAUUCAUGUUGAAGCGAACCAGAUUGGAGAAGCAGUCAAAAGCAUGGUGAUAGGGCAAGGUAGUCAACAUAAUCUGCUUUAUCGAGUCGACUUCUCUUUGCCGUAUAUGGAUGGCUCGUUAAGUACGAGCGAUCUGGACCCAGUGGCUUUGGCAGCUGAAACGCAGCGAACGAUCACGAUCGAGUUAUUUGGACAUCCGGUCUUAUUGCAGAAAGUGAUCGCAAAUGGCGUUGUAUCCUCCGAAGAUUUCUCGCCUGCUGAGAGCUUUACGUCGACAUGGUCUUGCACUCUAGAUUUUGCAACACAGAUUCAAUCACUCAUCCUACAGGAAAGAAUAGCGGAAGGAGCAGGUGGAUUUACCCUGGGUCCGAGAACGGUUGACCUUUCAGGCAGCUACGAUACGCUUUACGAAGAGCCGACUCCGGAACCAGUCAAGCCAAAGGAAACGAAAAACACACCGACGCCAUUGCCGAUUGCUUUGGCACAAAAACGAAUGGCAUCUGCACAAGGGUCGCCAAAGACGCCUCUUCCCAGAUCAAGUUCUAUGAUAAACAAUUCGAUUCAAAGUGCACCCAUUCGACCUUCGAUAUCGCGUGCUACUACUGAUACCCGUACACCUUCUACAAGUGUAGGAACAGUCACACUGAGAGACUCACCUUCGAUUCAUAGGCCGAAUCUACGAAGCGCAACGGGUGGAACAAAUGUUUCCGACUCAUUUGUUCCAUUACAACAACGAGCACCAGACUUGGAACAAUCAUUAGUUGAGAGAGGAAGAGGAUCCUUGAAUUACCUUCGUAAGGACAGUCAAAUUGCUGCAAUGCCAUCUAGCAUGGUUGGACCUAGUCUCUUGGCAAGAGCAAGACGAAACCGCCAGGCAUCUUUGCUCGCUAGUGGUAAUUAUGGCAAGUAUGAUAAUAUGGAACCAAACCGCUCAACGAGCGGCGCACGCCGAAGUACUUUAUUGAGUCAUGCUCCUUAUUAUACUUCUGGCACGCAAUCUAAACCGUUCAUCCGACAUGGACGCUUGGAAUCAUCCUCCUUGCAUAUCAAGAACGCUCUUUCUGGCAGCCAAAAUUUCGAUCCAAGUGCUUUACCAAUCUUUCCUUUAGGAAGCAAAGCAAAUUGGUCAAGAUUGCCAACUUUGGUACAACAAUCUGGCAAAGAACAAGGACUGUUGAUCGAAAUCAAGGCCUUGUAUGAAAGCCCAAUCGGUGAUGAGGAUGAUUCAAAGAAAGAAUUGGACGUUCAAGUGCAAAUUGACAAUCGAUCUGAUUUCACACGAACAGUCUUGUUACAGUGGAACAGAAACGCAUUCGUCAACAAAGACGGAACAGCAUCAAAAAUGACAUUCUUACCCGAUGAUGAUGCAGCACAAGUUGGUCCCAUCCCGCCCGGUCAAGCCGAAUUGGUGGUUCUGCGUAUUUCAACCUUAUCACUGGUGAAGGACCAAGGAUUCGUCAUUCCGCCUCUCAUGCUUACAGACGUAGAAUCCGGUAUGCAACAGACAUUGAUCUGCGUGCAAAACAUCGUACAUACCGCAAGUUGA